GCUGCCUCUUCAGCCUGGAUCUCAGAAUAACAAGUACGGCCAGACCGGCAGCCUAAGACAGCCGUGUGGUUGCCAGCUUCUAGCAAACCGCUCUCAGCCAAUGCAGCACAGACAAAGGAGACAUGAAUAAUGACCUAAACCUGACAAGUAUAGGAGAGUCCCAGUCUUCAGGUUAUGAUACCUCUUCCAACCUUACUGUAAAGUCACAAGAACACCUAAAAAGGAAUAAUAUGAGACUUAGUACCUCUAAAAUCAUCACCAUCAUCACCUUCUCUCUGAUUAUUCUAAUAAUUACAUUGACCACAAUUUUAACAGAAAGACACGAAUCUUCCACUGAACACAAAUCAUGCCUGGAUGACUGGAUUGGUUACCUAGGAAAGUGCUUCUAUUUUUCUGAAAAUACAACCACCUGGGCAGCAAGCCAAAACUUCUGUGUCUCUCAUGCAGCAACUCUUGCUGUGUUCAGCACCACAAAAGAACUGGUUUUCCUGAAGCGAUAUUCUGAACAGUCUCAAUAUUGGAUUGGACUGAGCCGAAAACGAGGACAGACCUGGAAGUGGAUAGAUGGAACCACCUACAGUGAUUGGUUUGAAGAAAUCAGUGAUGGAGAAUGUGCCUAUCUACACAAAACUGGGAUUAGUGGUUCCAGUACCCAUUUGGUUAGAAAAUGGAUUUGCAGCAAACAGGACUCAUGUAUUCCAAGAAGUUAA